GCGGCUGUGUGAUGGAGUUGCUUGCUUAAUCGGCGCUGACCAGCCUUGGUCCGUCCAUGUGUCCGAACGUACAUAUCGCAGUCCAGCGCUUUUUGAGGCAACCUAACAUUUGUUCAUCAAAAACCAUCAAAACAACCGUUGUGUUGGACAGCCUCACAAAAGGCGCAUAAAUAUUCACACCAGAAAACGUAUGACAUCCUGCGUGUACAGAUCGGUGUGCGUCCAUUCGAUUUCAAUGAGCUCUGGAUUCUGCACACGCUGCAUCGAUCGAGUACGCAUAGAAAUGUACGGAGCACUGUGCAAAACCUGAGAUCCUCACGGAUAUUUCCUGAAAUGCGCUAAACCCAAUCACCUUUGAUUCAAAAUUCAAUCGGAAUAGCAGACUAUUCUGCUAGUACAUUGUUGCCCAUCAGUUGUUACCCACGGCUGUCCGGUUCAACAUAACAUGCUCGUAUCUAUGGUUUUAGUAAUGUGUAUUGUUUCACAUGCAGAUUCCCGAUCUGUACUGCGCUCCAAUACUGCAGACUGGACAAUGGGGUACAAAAGACGGACAAACGUACUUAACCAAACGAUUGGAUUUCAUAGUAUGGGGCACAGUACCGAAGCUAAUCCAUUUCCGAAUCCUCGUACCAGUCAAUCGGCGUAUCACAGAGAUCGAAGAAAGUGGCUAACAACAGUCCCGAUAAAGCUAAAACCACCAAAAAAUUCUAAUAACAAUGGAAUGGACACUGCAGAUGUAUUCAUACCGGAUUCCGUUAUUUUUGAACCGGAACGAGAUUUAUCGCUUUUGUACCCAAAUAGUGGUUGGAUCGACCCAUGUAAAGCACAUGCGUACUAUGGUGAUAUAGCGCUCGAUGUGGAUGAAUCAAGGGAGUUGGAAUUGAAAAAUCUUGUCUUAUCAGAUGAGCCUACUCAAAUUUGGGAAACCGAAAACCAAAGAGUUGAGACAAUGCAAAGGACGCAAUCACGUCUCAAGUCAAAAAUUCCUUCUGACAUGUCCUCCUCAACCGGCCAUUUUGCGUCAACUUACCUGAAGUCCCAAAACAGAAGCGGCGUAAUUAUGAAUCGCUUGCGACAGAAUCCAACUACUCAUGUGCCAAACGAAGAUAUCUUAGGCGUUACAAAUCACCAAGUGAACAGCCGGAACACAGUAGGCCAACAACCUCAAAGUGCAACUCACCAGAAUGUUCCAAACAAACGAUGGCAGGUUUAUCAAAGACAUGUGGAUCGGCAUGCGGCAUUGCAACGAGUGACUUCGGCCAGAAGAAGAGCGCGAAGAACCAAACGAGCUGCUACAGCUUAUGUAUCGCGAACUUGGCCCAACGGAGUGAUACCUUAUGUCAUCCAGGCUAAUUUCUCAAGCGAAACCAAAGCCACCAUAAGGAAGGCUAUGAGGCACUGGGAAAACUACACUUGUCUCAGCUUCGUGGAGCGGGAACCACAACAGAAAUCUUACAUCAUCUUUACCGAAAAGGCAUGCGGUUGUUGCUCCUACGUGGGUCGCCGCAGUGAAGACGAACCACAAGCAAUCUCGAUCGGCAAAAAUUGUGAUAAGAAAGGUAUUGUGAUCCACGAAUUAGGUCACGUGAUUGGCUUUUGGCACGAACACACACGGCCUGAUCGCGAUGAGCAUGUGGAAAUCCUGUUAGAAAAUGUGGUGGACGGACAAGACUUCAACUUCAAGAAGAUGGACCCUGGCGAAGUGAACUCACUGGGCGAGCCUUACGACUAUAGUUCUAUUAUGCAUUAUGCAAAGGGUACCUUCGCCAAGGCUAACAAGGAUGAAACAAUACGACCAAGAGCCUGCUGUCCAAGACCACCAAUCGGACAACGCAUCCAGCUUAGUCCUGGUGAUGUUAGACAAACAAACAAACUGUAUUCCUGUCCAAGCUGCGGUCGGACGCUUUUGGAGCCUUCGGGCACAUUUGCCUCCCCCCAAGUAGCGUGGAAGCUAAAUGGUGGUAUGGCACUGGUCAAUUCGUCCUAUCUAAUACCUGAACUUUCGUACCACUCCGGUAACGCACUAUCAGUGACCAACUUACUCCCGGACGAAAGCCAUAUUCACAACAUUUAUACACCAAUACAUGGCAACCAUAUUGAAGGAAUGGUAGACUAUGGUCUUUCUGGUAUGGUCAACGAUCCUCGAAUGAGUCGUGAGCAUCGGUUGCAACCUACAAAGAAUCCUCAUGAAUUUAACCGCACCGCGUCUGAUAAGUUCACAUUCACGGGUGAGGCAUUCGUCCCGAAGUCUGCGGAUAUUUCGCCUUCUACACUGGGCUUCACAUCUGCCGGACCUAUUCUUUGUCAGUGGAGAAUCAAUGCAGCAUCUGGCGAGAGAAUUCGAUUAAAUUUCACUCACAUGGACGUAUCUGGACCUAUUGAACACAGAGCUCACAAACCCACUCUGAUAUCUGGUUUACAUGAGGAUUAUGCUCUGGCUUAUGAACUGCGACAAAGAUUGGACGCUAAAGCUACCUGUGCUAACGAUUACAUCGAGAUUCGUGACGGAUAUUAUUCAGGCUCUCGUUUAUUAGGUCGCUUUUGUGGACAGCAACUUCCCGGACCUAUUCUGUCCACUGGCGCUCGUCUAUGGAUCGAAUAUCGCCGUUCUGCCGGUAGUCUGAGCACUGGAUUUAUAGCCGAUUACGAAGCGAUUUGCGGCGGACAGUUGCAAAUGGAGGAAGGCACUCUGACCAGUCCAAACUAUCCGGAGUUUUACAGGUCAAGCAAAGAAUGUGUAUGGCAAAUUAUUGUUCCCGUGGGGUAUUCCGUAGCGCUCAGCUUCCAUUCAUUCCAGUUAGAGAAGCACGAUACAUGUGUGUACGACUACUUGGAAAUAAGAGAUGGUUUAACAGAAUCUGCUCAACUUAUGAAAAAACUUUGCGGCUCUCAGUUACCACCUCCAAUCAAAUCUACCAACAACGUGAUGUUCGUCAAAUUCGUAUCUGACAGCUCUGUGGAAAAACAAGGAUUCACGGCAACCUUCCAAAAGGAAUUCGAUGAAUGCAAAACGCUCAAGCAUGGAUGUUCACAUACCUGUAUCAAUACCUUGGGCGGCUAUCGAUGCCAAUGCGAGAUCGGUUACGAAUUGCAUCCGGAUGGGAAACGGUGUGAAGAUGCUUGCGGCGGCGUGAUCAAUGAGUCGAACGGUACGAUUCAGACGCCAUCCUUUCCUGAUUUAUAUCCGCCGAACAAAAAUUGCAUUUGGAAGAUUCUGGCCCCACCAAAGUCAACAAUAUUUCUCAACUUCACGCAUUUCAACUUGGAAGGGCGGAAUCAAGCAUGCAAAUACGAUUUCAUCAACGUGUACAGUGGACCAUCGGAUAAUCAACAAAAGAUUGGUAACUUUUGUGGAGACCACAUCCCAGAUCCAAUCACUUCCCAGACCAAUGAACUUAGCAUCGAAUUCUAUUCGGACACCUCGGUACAACGCACCGGUUUCCGUGCCGUAUUUUUCACCGAUCUGGACGAGUGUGCUGACAACAACGGAGGAUGCCAACAUUUGUGUCGAAACACAAUCGGCUCCUACCACUGUGCUUGUCGACCCGGUUACCAGCUCUACGGCAAAUACAAGUGCAAAGAAAAUAUUAAGACAGGAUGCCAGCAAGACAUCACGUCACCCGAUGGUGAAAUAAUCACGCCGAAUUGGCCGAACGAAUAUCCAGUCAAACAGCAUUGCCAAUGGAAGAUCACAGUGAUGCCAGGACACAGAGUGAAAGUUAUUUUUGCAGACUUCGAGUUGGAAUCGCACCAACAGUGUACUUACGAUCGUGUGGUCGCCUACGAUGGCCUUAGUAAAUCUGCGCCUGUACUCGGGCAAUUCUGUGGCAGUCGGAAGCCCGGACCAGUUAUCUCGUCACAAAACAAACUGCUUCUCAUUUUUAACUCUGAUGCAUCGGUUCAACGUAAAGGAUUUCGGGCGCAGCACACUACUGUAUGUGGAGGUCAUCUGGUCGCUGAACAAACGGCACAAAACUUAUAUUCACAUGCGAAAUUUGGCGAUCUGGACUAUGAACCUAAUCAGCAAUGCUACUGGUCCAUUAGCUCCAAAUUGGAAAAUCACACAGUACUGUUGCAGUUCCUUUAUUUCGAAAUAGAAGAGGAAAAUUUGUGCACGUACGAUUAUGUACGAAUAUUUGACGGUCCAGACACAAAAAGCAAAUCCUUGGGAGGGUACUGUGGACGAAAUGUGAGUUACUACGCCUACAUCCGUAUGUAG